AUGAUUAAAAUCGAACUUGAUGAAACAUUGAUAGAAAACGCCCUAUUUUCCGAUGUUAUCAAGGCUAUCUCUGAUAAAUUUAAAACAUUCAAAGGACAAAUUAAAAUAGAUGGAGAGAUAGUCGAGGAAGGGAAUCACAGACAAUACAUGUCACUCCUCGGUUUCAAUGCCAAAACCUUUCACAAUAUCUUUUCAAAUAUGGACAAAAAAUCCGAUGCUUCCGAUUGGUAUUUUACAGGAAAAAUAAUUUUAAUGAAAGACAAUUUCCAAGAAAUAAAAAGAUCGAGAGUUGGCAGAGGAGGAACUGAUCUGCUUAAAAAGAUAAAUGAAUACGAAGGCGAAAAUUGUUACAUACCUACAGAUGGUCACUGUUUUAUCAAAUGCGUCAAUCGUGUUUUGAACAAAGAUUUAACGUGUAAAUUUCAAGAAUACAUCAACGGGUUUUCAAAAGCAAAUAGAAAAGGAGUGAUGACUUGUGCUAGAAUGAAUGAAUUCAACAAGAAAUUUAACACUUCGUUUCAAAUUUAUAAUCCCAAAAACAGACAUUUUCACCCCAAAGACGUUCACGAUGAAUUAGAUUGGGUUUUGUACUUACACAACUCGCAUUUCCGUUUGAUUAGAAGAAGCCAAAAAAGUUUGGGAAUUCAAGAAAUAGAAGACAAUUACGAACAGAAAAAAUGGAAAAGACAGAAAGAAAUAAAGGGUAAUUAUUUACAACAUAUUAAUUUCACGUGUUCCUAUCAACACGAAUCCUCUAGUUUGGCUGCAUGGGGAAAUUCUUCCAAUCUUCCCGCGAAUUUGAGAAAGAUUGCCGACGUAGAUAUCGCUAAAUACACGCGAGACAACUGGGAGGAAUUGAGACACGAAUGGGAACCUUACGCCAAGAGAGACACUCUCUGUUUGGGAGCUUGUUUGAUAAAAUACAACCAAGUCACGAAAGAAGUUGUAAACCAGAAUAUGUCCAAUAAUCUAACGGCUCCAUCUUUAUCUUUAAAGGGUUGGUAUUAUUUAUAUCAUUACGAUAAAGAAAUGGUGGAAGAAGAAUGGUAUGAAACUACUAGAAUGGUUGCGAAACAUACCGAAAAAGAAAAUAUAGAAAAAGUUUAUUCGCACACAAAUCCUUUUAUAAGAAAUUUUAUCAGACGAUCUAUUAAAGGAGGAAGAGUUUCGGCAAAUAGAAAAUCAUUUGAAACGAACAAAAUGGAUGAAAUUUGUAACGUAUUAAAGGAAUAUAUUUCACAAAGUGAAAGUAAUAACAUAAUUGAUUUAUUCAAAGAAUACAGCGCAAGCACAAAAGACAAAACGGAGGUUCAUUCAAGACUUAAAAAAAUAGAAUGUACUAAACUAAUGGCAUUUGAUGCUAACGGUUUAUACGCUUCCGCCAUGUCGGAUUUAGACAGUGAAUAUCCGAGAGCGGAAAGUGGAAGACCGUUUCUACCAGAAGAAGAAAAAGAAUUUGUGAUGCUGUUCAAUAAACAAAAAUUCAGACCUAGAACAGCUAUUUUAACAGUGUGGUUUGACUAUCCCAAAAACAUGUUCUUCCAACCGAUACCAGCUAAAGAUAAAAUCACUUUCACGAAUAAAGAAGGUAAAAAGGAAACUGGUAACAAAAUCAGGUUCAGAAAUGGUUUCUGUCACGACGUUUUAACAUCGGUCGAUAUUCAAGAAAUAGUGAAAGCCGGUGGACGAAUUAUUAGAAUAUUAGAUGGUAUAGUUUACGAAGAAAAUUUUAAAACUCCACCCUAUAGAGAUUAUAUUUUAAUUUUGAGAGAUUUAAGAAAUAAAUAUAAACGAGAAGGUAAUAUCGUGGGUAGUAACUGCAUGAAAUUAUUAGGUAAUUCCUUGUAUGGUAAAUCAAUUCAGAAAGACAUAUUCACAACUAGACAUUUAUAG